UGCCGCUACAGGCACCGCCUCGGCGUGGGGCGGGAUAACGCUGCGGCGCGGGUUUCGGAACGGGUGGGCCCGGCGGGCGCCAUGCGGACCCGCGCGGAGGUAGACGCGACGCUGCAGACGGCCAAGGUGAACCCGGCGGAGCUGUUGCCGGUCGUGCAUUGCCUCAGCUUCGGGCCGCAGGCGGCCGCCGGAGAGUGCUGCCUGCUGCAGCUGGAGCCGGGCCUCUGCGCAGAGAUCGAGGCGGGAUGCAGCCUAGUAAUCCGUGGUGAAAAGGAUGAGCAAGCAGUGUUGUGCAGCAAAGAUAAAACCUAUGACAUGAAAAUAGCAGAUACCUCAAAUAUGCUGCUGUUUGUUCCUGGCUGCAAAACUCCAGAACAGCUGAAUGCAGAUCAAGCAUCUUGUAAUAUUAUUCAUUCACAGAUCGCUGGUUUCUCCAAUAACUAUUGGGAAUUAAGGAGAUGCCGACCAAAACUGAAGAAACUGAGAAAGCUUUUAAUGGAAGAUCCCUAUGGAGGGCCAGAUAGUCGGAAAGACCAGGCUUCGACAUUUUCAAAGUAUACAACAGAAGAUUUGUUAAGUCUGAUUCAAGCAAGCAAAGAAGAAAUACUGCACCAUUUGCAGGUGAUAGAUGCCUGCAAAAUUGAAGGAUAUUGGAGAAUUCUGGAAUUUGACUAUGAGAUGAAACUCCUGAAUCAUGUGAUUCAGCUAAUAGACUCAGAGUCCUGGUCUUUAAAGAAGGUUCCUUUACAUACCUGCCUGGAGGAACUUGGAUCUCUAGAGCCCAAAGAGAUGAUAGAACACAUUCUUCUAAGCUAUGGAAGGAAAUAUUUUGACCAUGCAGGGGAAGUUUACUUUGAGAUGCAUGAAGAUAAAAUAUGCAGAGCCAUAGCACAAAUGCUUUUGCAAAAUGCGGUUAAAUUCAAUUUAUCAGAGUUUCAAGAAGUCUGGCAACAAAGUGUCCCUGAAGGGAUGACAACAAGGCUUGAUCAGCUUCAGGGCUUGGCUCUUGUGGAUAGAAGCUCAAGACCAGAGACCAUCUUUCUGCUAAAAGUAGAAGACUUACCUGAAGGAAAUCAGGAAAGAUUCAACAGCUUAUUCAGCAUACGGGAAAAGUGGACAGAACCGGAUAUUACCCCUUAUAUACAAGACUUGUGUGCAGAGAAGCAGACCACUGGGGUUCUUCUGACAAAAUAUGCUCGCUGCUCAAUGCAGAAUGGUGUUAAAGUUUAUAAUUCUAGAAGACCCAUCUCCUAACAAGUACUGUUUUAAGAACUGAGAAUACUGAAUGGAGUAACAGCAAAUGUUACUUGUUACCUUCUUAGGAAAGGAGUUGUCAACCAGUAUCAUACAAUGUUCUUGAGUUUAAGCUGCUAAGCUUCUUGAAUGAAUUCUGCGUUCUGCUCAGCUGAGUAGAAUGCAAGGACAUUUGCCUCUUCUAAGAAACUACAGUGUCAGCAGCCUUUGCCCUCUCCUUCCCUUGUUUCCCCUUCUGUUUCCUUUCUGUCUGUAGUUGUGCCAGGAGUUGAACUACUUACAUAUACUUCA